AUGAGGGAGCUCCUCAUAAUUUGCGUUAAGGAGAUGAGUCGCAUGACAAAUGAAGGCAAAGAUUCUGUUCUCCCCAAGGAUCAGAUAGAAUCUCCACUGGUCGAAGAAGGAAAUUCUGCUAGAAAUAUAAAUGGGGAAAUGAAUCUCAAGAAAGGUCCAUGGACAGCUGCAGAAGAUGCAAUCUUGAUGGAGUAUGUGAAGAAACACGGGGAAGGGAACUGGAAUGCGGUUCAGAAGCAUUCUGGUCUUUCUCGUUGUGGGAAAAGCUGUAGGUUGAGAUGGGCUAACCACCUGAGGCCAAACUUGAAGAAAGGAGCAUUUACCCAGGAAGAAGAACAGCUAAUCAUCGAGCUUCAUGCCAAAAUGGGGAAUAAGUGGGCUCGCAUGGCCGCUCAUUUGCCUGGACGUACAGACAAUGAAAUAAAGAAUUACUGGAACACCAGAAUCAAGAGACGUCAAAGGGCUGGUUUACCUCUUUACCCCCCUGAAGUCUCCUUGCACCCAUAUCGGGCUAGUCAACAGGGCUUAAACAUAGGUGGGACAAGUUACAGGUCUAAAGGACAUCAUGACCACCUCUUGCACAACUGCUAUGAGAUCCCUGAUGUCCCAUUUGACAGCUUAAAACCCAGUCAGGGGAGGAUAUCUAACUCUGCUCCUGAACUUCCUGAUAACAUGCUGAUGAAAGGGAUGGGGGGUUCUCGAUAUGAUAGCUUCAGUUCUCCGUUGAUGUAUCAUGGUCAGAAACGGCCUCGAGAAUCAUCAACUUCUGUGUCAUACAGUGGUAGUGGGAGAAAUGAUUUCUUGUUUUCUGAGUCCUUUGGCUUGUCCUUCCCAUUCGAUUCUGAUCUAAACAGCACCAACAAGAUCCAACAACAGCAACCACUUGGUGAUGAUCAGGACGGCCAUACCCUUUUAUAUGGCAACAACUUCUCUGCUUCUAAGCCAACUACUGCGGCUAUGAAGUUGGAGCUCCCUUCACUCCAAUAUUUCGAUUCCGGUAGCUGGGGAGUAAUAUCUUCUCCACCACCUCUCCUUGAAUCGGUUGAUACUUUUAUCCAAUCUCCACGUGCUACUGGUACUACUGUUGGGUCAAAUUGUUCUUCUCCUCGUAAUAGUGGCCUACUGGAUGCUUUACUUCAUGAGGCAAAAGCUCUAAGUAGUGCUAAGAAUCAUUAUUCUUCAGAGAAGAGUUCGAAUUCCUCAACAGUUACCCCUGGUGAUAUUGCAGACAGUUCGACCCUGAAUGCUUGUGAUGCAGCAGAAUGGGACAACUAUAGUGACCCACUUUCUCCCUUGGGCCAUACUACUGCAACUUCGUUUUUCAGUAAAUGCACUCCUCCAAUCAGUGCCAGUGGAAGUUCAUUAGAUGAACAACCACCACAUAUAGAGCCCUUUACAGGGCGUGAGAUAAAGUCAGAAGCAGAGGACUAUGCCUUGACCCCAGUAAGAGAAAGGGAAAGGGAUACUAUUACAAGACCUGAUGCAUUACUCCCUUCUGACUGGCUUGAACAAGGAUCUGGCAAAGGCUAUGGUGUCAAGGAUCAAGUCGUGAUGACCGAUGCCAUAGCAGCUCUUCUUGGUGACGAUCUGAGCAGUGACUACAAGCAGAUGGCUGCUGCAGGAACAUCAUCGGGGCCAAGUCAAGGAUGGGUACUUGGUUCUUGUGCAUGGAACAACAUGCCUGCUGUCUGUCAAAUGUCUGAACUUCCUUAAUGAAGAGAAAAUGACUUGUCUAUCAAGAAAACGCAAACCCAGCAUCUGAACCAUUUUAUUCUCAUACUUUGGUGCUUCAUCUAUCUAUUAUCAUGUGUUUCUUUUGGCUUUACUGUCUUCGGGGUCAGAGUGAGUCAAGACAAUUGCUUCCGGCUGGUGUUUGUAAUAUGAUCAUUGUGGUCGGUCUGUGUUUGUUAUAUGAUCAUGUGACGUAGAAUUUGCCUUUCUUUUCUUUCUGCGUCUCCCAUCUGUUGGGAAUGGAACAAUCAAAUGUAUGAACAUGUCUGCAACUCCGGAACCUUUAACGUGAUAUUUCAGUUUAAGUUGAUGCUUCAGGAUUUGCUUUGUUCAAUGUCUGUUUGUCGUAUCAUUAAUCUCCAACUGAUGAAAGAAUUACAAACCAAAACCAGUUUCACGACUCAUCUCUAAAAUUGCAAGACAAUCACACCAAAAACAGCAUGAAACCUAAUAGAAAACAGUUGUAGCUAUGGCAAGUUACCAAAGUUUUGAAGUGCGUCUUCUUCUUAUUAUUCCUCUUCCCUUAGCAAGGUGCAAAACUGAAGGGAAAGUGAACCCCUGCUUCUGCGCCAGUUUCUGCAAAUCGUCUCUUCUCGAGCCCAAAGUAACUCCAACGCCAAAAAUGCAGAACCCUAGAAGACAAUCCCUAGCGCCUCUACCAAACCCUUCAAGCAAAACUGCUGAAAUUAAGGCCGAAGCCAGAACUCCAAUGAUCAAAUCUUUAUCUGCUUUGCCAGAGGAAAACAACAAAAUGGCAACUCCGGAAGCUAGAAACAAGCCUAACAGAAUCACAAAGUUCCCCUUCCCUCUCUUUCUUCUACCCCAUCCUCCUCCGCUGCCGCCGCCAAAACCCUUCCAAGACCUGGACCCACCUCCACCUCCACACCCAGAAGUGCUGAGUUCCGCCAGAAUCAGACUCAGCGGUUCGGGCAGCAAGUUGAGGUUGGAAGCCAUGGAGAAGGCCAAUUUGGGCAAAAUCUCGGCUACCUUCUGAUGCCCAGAUCCCCUCUUGGCCUUCUUUGCACAAAUAACUGGGAGAUGAAUCUGGGUUCGGGACAAAAG